AUGCAUUAUCCCUUGUCAUCGUCGUUUACGUCCCCAUCGCUAGCCGGCGAAUGCAACAAGGCUCAAAAGAUUUUGGAUUCGUUUAUCAAUCCAGAGAUAGUGAGCGUGGACAAACGCAUUCCUCGCAAGGUGCUGGAAAAUGCCAAGGGCCUUGCGAUCUUCAGCGUCUUUGAAGUCGGCAUGAUGCGCUCCCUUCGAAUCGGCUCCGGACUUGUAGUCGCUCGCCUUGCCAAUGGGACCUGGUCGGCCCCGUCCGCGAUCACAACCGGCAAACUUGCGACGAAGGGCCAGUUUGGGAUGGAGCUUACAGAGUUUGUAUACGUGCUCAAUAGCGACGCGGCCGUGGAAAAAUUCUCACAGUCCAAAAAUUUCACACUCGGCCACGAUGUCUCAAUAGCGGUCGGACCAUUCGGACGCAGCGCGGAGCUGACGGGGGAUGAAUACGUGGCGGAUAUAUUUGCAUAUUGCAAAACACGAGCUGUGUUUGGAGGCUCAACAUUAGAAGGCGCGACGAUCGGCGAGAGAAUAGAUGCGAAUCGAAAGAUAUACCAGAAGGCAGUCACGGCGCGACAACUACUUCGAGGAGAGGUCACGUUGCCACCGGAGACAUACGGGCUCAUGAAAAUAUUGCAUUCAACGAUGCUGCGAUCAAUAACGAGAACCUCGUCCGUUGAUCGAGUCAAGAUUGUGAAGACCGCUCCCCAGCAUUCAGCAGCCACUAAACUGCGAGCUCGGUCGUCGACGACGGCGGCACCAGUGAAGGAGGAGGAUCGUUUCUACGGACCACAGAUUGUCGCGCCGCAUCAGAUCACGAUAGAGAUCACGGACUGGUCCGCAGUUGAGCUUCCGAGCAGUUUGACGAGUUAUCAGGAGCCGCGGAUAUCGCUCGAGUCAGAGCCCGCUGGUUCCUCUACCGAACAUCCGACCAUUCUCAAGCCUGGGAGACGAACCUGGAGUGCUACAUCCAGCGGGAGCUGGAGUAGCCAUGAAUCGCUCCAUUUUUGA